AUGGUCAAUUUGUUAAGAACGAAGCAAACAACUUUAAAGUACAAAAGGAUUGAUGGUAAUGUACAAGAAACCGGCGCGCCACCUAAUGGAGCACCUAGUUGGUGUCUAAAUAAAGCAGCACUUGAAAGGCUUAAUCGCUCGACUGAAGUAUCGAUUUAUGACUGGGAUUCUGAAAAUGAUAGCUAUAAUAGGGAUGAUGAUGAUAAUUACAACAAUCCUCCUGAUAUUGAUAACAACAACAAUAACAAGAAUAAAAAAUAUGUCACCAUAUGGAUUAAUCAUAUGAUUUUUCAGUACAUGAGACUACCUUAUUUCUUCUUAGAAAUAUUCUGGAUUUUUCAUUUAAACAAACUUAAGAAGAAUGGGGGUUAA